GCAGGCGGUAAGAUGGCGGUGCGGUGACGGCGUCUCUCUGUGUCUCUCUCUCUCUCGCUCUGUCUCCGCGACCGACCGACCGACCGACACAGCGCCGGGCCCUCAGCGGGUGGCUCCCGGCGGGACACUGUGCAGGAGGUUGUGGGUUGAAUCCCCGCCCCACCCCCUCAGAGCUAACAGAUGAAGGUGGUGAACCUGAGGCAGGCCAUUCUUCAGGCCUGGAAGGAACGAUGGAUGGACUAUCAAUGGGCCAUAAACAUGAAGAAGCUUUUCCCCAAGGGUCCUACCUGGGACCUCCUUGGACUCUCAGAUCAUCUCCUGGAACAAGCGCUGGUGGGCCCCUCCCCCAAUCCCCUGAUUAUGUCUUAUUUGAAGUAUGCCAUAAAUUCACAGAUGGUUUCCUAUGCAAGCGUGCUGUCGACUAUUGCAAAGUUUGAAGAUUACUCUCGAGAGCUGUGUGUCAAAGCACUUCUUGAACUUAUGGACAUGUUCUGCGAUCGACUCAGCUGCUAUGGGAAAGCAGAGGAGUGUAUCAGCCUGUGCCGGGCUUUGCAGAGCUCCCUGGCCUGGCUGCUGCGCUGCGCCAAUCAUUUUGCUGAAAAGCAGAAGGAGAUGCCAGAUCCGAGCUCUGGCGAAGAACAACUUCAGCUGUGCACCAAGCGGCUGGAGAAGACCGUCAGCAGCACGAAGAAUAGGUCCUUACUGCACAUCGCCAGGCUGGAGGAGCAAGGUGGGUGGACCAAUGUGGAGCAGGCGCUCGUCAAACUCUCAGAAAACAUCAACAAGAUAAACAGCCAUCAGCUGCGGAUGAGGCUGGAGGAGUGCGCCACGCUGGUCAAGAGUAUUCCAGUAUUAACCGUUCAGUGUGAGAAAAACACUAAGAUGGAGUUCCCCACCGUUCAUGCCCUGAUCAUGUUGGAGGGAACCUUGAACCUCACGUCCGACACACAGUCACUGGUGGAGCAGCUCAUCAUGGUGAAGAGGAUGCAGCGAAUCCCAGCCCCACUCUUUUUACUGGAGAUCUGGAAGGCCUGCUUUGUGGGACUUAUUGAAUCACCAGAAGGAACAGAAGAGUUGAAGUGGACAGCGUUCACGUUCCUCAAGAUUCCACAGGCUUUACUCAAACUUAAGAAGUAUCCGCUUGGAGAUAAGGACUUUACUGACGAUGUGAACACUGCUUUUGAGUUUUUACUCAAACUGACUCCACUUCUAGACAAGGCAGAUCAGAGGUGCAACUGUGACUACGUUAGUCUUCUGCUUCAGGAAUGUGGAAAACUAGGACUGCUCUCAGAGGUCAACAUGAAAAACCUAGUCAAUAAAAGGACAGCAGACAGGGAGCUGGCUCCACGGUUAAAAUCUGCUGAAAACGCCAACAUUCAACCCAACCCAGGCCUGAUCCUACGUGCAGAACCCACGGUCACGAAUAUCCUAAAGACCAUGGAUGCUGAUCACUCCAAAUCGCCGGAGGGACUCCUGGGGGUCCUGGGCCACAUGCUCUCGGGGAAGAGCCUGGAUUUACUCCUGGCAGCCGCUGCGGCCACCGGCAAACUGAAAUCAUUCGCCAGGAAGUUUGUCAAGUUAAAUGAGUUUGCCAAGCACAUCAGUGGUGAAGGGUCAAAGGUAGCGUCAGUCCGAGCCCUGCUGUUUGACAUCUCCUUCCUCAUGCUGUGUCAUGUGGCUCAGACCUAUGGGUCGGAUGUGAUUCUGUCGGAGCCCGGUGUCUCGGGGGAGGUUGUGUUCUUUGAGACGUGGAUGCAGACCUGCAUGCCUGAGGAAGGGAAGAUCUUAAACCCGGAGCAGGGAUUCCGAGCUGAUCCUACCAAAGUGGAGUCGCUGGUCGCUCAUCUCAACUCCUCCACUGAAAUGAAGCUUGCUCAGGUGAAAUGGCACGAGGUGUGUUCGUGCACGCCAGCUGCUAUCCUGGAGGUGCUCAAUGCCUGGGAGCACGGGCUGCUAACCUUCGAGGCUGUUCAGAAAAUCACAGAUAACAUCAAGGGAAAGAUCUGCAGCAUGGCAAUCUGUGCUGUGGCCUGGCUGGUUGCCCACGUCAGGAUGUUGGGCCUUGAGGAGCGUGAGAAGCCGCUACAGAUGAUCAGCCAGCUGGUGACGCCACUGUAUGCCGAGAACACACUUCAGUUCUACAAUGAACGUGUGGUUAUCAUGAACUUGAUACUGGAGCAGAUGUGUGCUGACGUCCUGCAGCAGACGGCGACCUCUAUCAAGUUUUCUUCAGCCAACCUGGACCCCAUCCCCUACCGCAACCUGCUGCCCGUGAAGCAGCCAAUAAAGGAGGUGCUCGUCUCCACCUUCAACGACACCCUGGUGAAAGGCUGGGUGGACAGCCGCUCCAUCCACGUGUUUGAGGCCCUGCUACACAUGGGAGGCGUGUACUGGUUCUGCAAUAACCUGGUUAAGGAGCUGCUGAAGGAGACGAGGAAGGAGCACUGUUACAAGGCCGUGGAGCUGCUGCACAGUGUGUUUUGUUUGGACAUGCAGCAGAUCACGCUCAGUCUGCUGGGUCACAUCCUGCCUUCACUGCUGACCAACUGCUUGAAGUGGCAGUUGCUGAUGGACCCGCCUGGAAGAGCUCUUGCCAAGCUUUCAGUCUGGUGUGCUCUGAGCUCUUAUUCGUCUCAUAACAAGAGUCAGGUGACGGCGAAACAGAGGAAAAGACACCGGGAGGACAUUGAGGACUACAUCAACCUCUUCCCAUUGGAUGACAGUCAGCCAUCAAAACUCUUGCGUUUAUUGAGCUCAAACGAAGAGGAUCCGAAUAUCCUCUGCAGUCCGGGGGAUCGAUCGAUGAGUAGCUCCUUGUCAGCCUCUCAGCUGCACAAUAUAAACAUGAGAGACUCGCUGAACAGAAUACUGGCAAACCUGUUCCUAUUAAUCUCCUCCAUCCUGGGCUCCAGGGUGGCCGGCCCACACACCCAGUUUGUUCAGUGGUUCAUGGAAGAGUGCGUUGAGUGUUUGGAUCAAGGCAGCCGGGGCAGCAUCCUUCAGUUCAUGCCUUUCACCAUGGUUUCGGAACUGUUGAAACUGCCUGCGCUGUCCAAGCCAAAGACGGUGCUCGCCAUCACGGAUCUGGGGCUGCCCUUGGGUCGCAGGGUGGCAGCCAAAGCCAUCGCUGCCCUUUGAAGAAAAGUAAGAAUCUCUCCGCAUACCUCACCCCUCAAGCCCAAGUAGGUGAAAAGCUUAAGAUAUGACUGCACUAUGACUGGGUAAAGGUAACCAUUGGUAUGCAUCAGACACAGUUGAUAUGAGUCUUAAGUUGUACGUUGUGCUUGCCAACUCAUACCCACACACCAUUUGAUAUCCACCAUGAACAGGCAGUUAGAUGCGUGUUCCUAGGAAAACAAGCCAUGUCAGUGAUGUUGAUAUUCAAGGUUCAUCUUAAUUUUUUGGCGGUUUACGUAUUGACUAUCGUUCCAAUACAGAAUACAUGGCAGCACAGAGCAGGCCAUUUAGCUAAUCCAAUCCCAAUUCCCCACUCUUUCCAUACGCUUUUUUUUGUAGUCUUCCUCCUCAAAUCGAUCUAAUUGCUAUGUUCUUAGAUGUAAUAGUGACUUGUGACAAUGUGUUGCAUAUUCUAAUAUCCCUAUUUAUUCUAAUCUCUUCUUAACUUUUCUAGUGAUGCUCCAUAGCUGAUGCCCCCUUUAUUUUCCCAGCAGCUGGAGUAACAUUUCACCAUCUCCCCUCUAAAAAAUUGUCAGAAUGUUAAAAUUCCUAUUAAAUCCCCUUGUAAUCCUGGAGUUCCUCUUACUGAUGUAAACCGCUUGCUGUAAUCACCAGUAGUUUGGCCUUCAGGUUCAUAUUGCCCAACCAAACACAAAUGAGAACAACUCUCUAAAUGAUGUGUGACCGGAAAUAGGGUAGGAACAUGUGAUGUCUCUGAACAUCUGUCCUGCACCAAUUGCUGGAGUGUGAUGGUUUGCCAACAGUGCGUGGUCGGGGGCCUGACCUCAUUGUCUCCUCUGACUGGCUGUUAAUUGACUUCAGGGGAAAACUGCGCAGAAUUUGCAGUUUGUCAAUUUUAUUGUCAGCUUGUGUGGAAUGUACCACUGUGGUUAAGAGUAUCCAAGCCAAGUUGAGAGAUCAACAUAUGUACGACAACAAAUCUAUCCCAUGUGGACUGAAGUGUGCAUUUUCUCUCUCUCUUUCGCUUCCACUUUCCCUUCCACUUUCCUUUCCCUGCCCCCCCCCCCAACCCCAAUGGAGGGACAGUUCCUGGUCACCUAAAGUCAAUGUCAGGCACAAGUUUGGCAAGAGCCAAGGUGGAGGGGGUUGCGGUGGGGUGUGGAGGCAGAAACUGCUAUUGUUGCGUUACAAAUACAUCAGGAAGCUGGUUUGUUGGGAUUAAUUAAUAAUGGUUUGACUGCUCGAAAGCAAAGUGUUCCUUUUUUUCCCUUUUUUUAAAAAAAAACAAUCUCGUUUCGUAAGUUUAUUGUAAAUUAUGGUGUAUUUCCCCCCAAAUUGGAGCAUCAACUCUCAAAGCUUUGCAUUGUAAUUUCACUCCCUUUUGGGUUUUAAGGUAAAAGGAUGAUUUAUAUUAGCCGAUGUACAUCCUCUCUCUGCUUACAGUGGCCCCCACACCUUAGACACUGAAUGUGGUUAACUUGUUGACCUUUAGUUGGAUUGCAUAAAGUUCAGGAGACUCAUUCCUGUUGGCAACCAAUCCACCCGACCUCGCCUCUGCGCAGGCCACUGGAAGGACAGUUCAGAAAUCAUUAGAGUUGGCGGCUUCGGAGAGUGGUUGGCAGCCCUUACUCCCGGUCAGAUUGAAAGGAAUCCCACCUUCAACGUCCAUGUGCUGGAGAGCUGCUGAAAUCAGCACAGCAAGUGGGUCAGCCUCAACACCGCUGUUACCGGAGGCUCCUACUGAAGGCAUCAUCGGGUCUUCUGUUGGAAACGUUUAAACAUCUGAUUAGAAGAACCGGACUCGUAUCAGCUUCUGCUCUUGGUGUGCCUGCCUCAUGGUUCUUUUGUCGUUGGAAUAUGAUAGUUGCUCAGCUUAUUUCCGGUAUCUUUCUGAAGAUUGAGGUCGUGUUUUCUUGUGUAUUAUAUUAUGUUUUCCAGGGUUGCACACUUUUUUUAAAUUUACAUCCUGGAUUUGUUUUGUAAAUUAUUUUUUUCCCUUUUACAUCUUUAGAUUUUGUAUAAAAAAAGAUAUCUUUCCUGUUCCUGUCCCCUGGAACAGACCCAUCUGCUCCCUCCCAUUCCCUGAUGUGUGUGUUUUUUAAUCAAGCAAUCGUCUUGUCUAGCAAGCAUUAGGCCUCUCCUGCUGCUGCUCUGAGAUGCACGUCAGGAAAACGAACACUGCAAUAAAUAAGAUAUGACGAAAA